ACCAACCCUCCCAGUGAAAAGAAAGGAUAGCUCUUAUUUAUCAUGUCAAAACUAACGUCUUGCUUCACACUGUACCUUCUUUUUCCAACGUAAUCUUAAAAACUGAAGAAAACCACAUUAUUGGGAAGGGCUAAUCAGAAGAGGAGAGACCUUAUAAAAGGGGAAAGUCGGUCCCUGUUCUCUGCUUGAGGAUGUUUCUAUCAUCAUGGCACAGGCAGGAUGAAGCCUCUGGGAUGAGACAAGUUCUCCAUAGACUCGUUAUUAGAAGUUUCCACCAGAAAGCCUGUGUUUCAUCGGGGCUCUGUGGUGAAGAAGGAAAACGACAGAUCCUGCUGACCGUGGUGGUGAUCUUCAGGAUACUCAUUGUGGCCAUUGUAGGGGAGACGGUGUACGAUGACGAGCAAACUAUGUUUGUCUGUAACACGCUGCAGCCAGGCUGCAACCAGGCUUGUUACGACCAGGCUUUCCCUAUUUCUCAUAUAAGGUACUGGGUGUUCCAGAUCAUCAUGGUGUGCACUCCCAGCCUUUGCUUCAUUACGUACUCUGUUCACCAGUCUGCUAAGCAGAGGGAACGGAGGUACUCCACUGUCUUCCUCACCUUGGAGAGGGACCAGGAUUCAGUGAAGCGUGAGGACAGUAAGAAAAUCAAGAACACGAUUGUCAAUGGGGUGCUGCAGAACACUGAGAACUCCACCAAAGAGGCAGAACCAGACUGCUUAGAAGUGAAGGAAAUCCCCAAUCCUGCUAUCAGAACUACAAAGUCAAAGAUGAGGAGGCAAGAAGGCAUUUCUCGAUUUUAUAUCAUCCAAGUGGUCUUUCGAAAUGCCCUAGAGAUUGGAUUCUUAGUGGGACAGUAUUUUCUGUAUGGAUUCAAUGUCCCUUCCAUGUACGAAUGUGACAGAUACCCUUGCAUUAAAGAAGUAGAGUGCUAUGUCUCUAGACCCACUGAGAAGACUGUGUUCUUGGUAUUCAUGUUUGCUGUCAGUGGGAUUUGUGUGGUGCUUAAUUUGGCAGAACUGAACCACUUGGGCUGGAGAAAGAUCAAAAUGGCAGUGAGAGGAGUACAGGCAAAAAGGAAAUCCAUAUACGAAAUCAGAAACAAGGACCUGCCAAGAAUGAGCAUGCCUAACUUUGGCAGGACUCAGUCAAGUGACUCAGCUUAUGUGUGAGGCUGUGACAGAACUGAAACACUGUGCCAGGUGGAACAGACCCAGACACCAUUAGAGAAAGGUACAUUGCUUAGGCAAGCAUUUUAUCAAACCACCAAGAAAGCCAUUAAGGUAUUGGACCUGCACUUACUGAACUAGCUGCAAAAUGCAGUGCUAUGUAAAAGACUGAAAAAACAGCUAUAAGACCAUGCUUGAUCUAGCCUUACAGCACAGCUACUAUUAUUCCUACUUUUCUUUCUAAUGAUUGGGUGUUAUCUGUCGGUGGAGUGGCUUUUUGGUCGUCAUUAGGAUAAGUUUACAGUUUGGACUGUCUGACUAAUUGUUGUAAAUGUGUAGAAUGCUCAUAUUAAAAAUCUGCAAGGAUACUCUA